AUGACUACAAAAGAAGAGCUUAAAAGAUAUAUCCAAACUAAGCUUCACAGCCUUCUCGAAGAUAUGGUGACAAGUAUUCUUUUAGAACAGCCAAAAACACCUGAACAAUUUAUGCUUGAUUGAUUAAUAUCUCGAUCAAAUACCCAAUUAACAGAUAGCGAAAGAAAUGAAUUGGCUUCUUUAAGAUCAGAAUACAAGUCCUUGACUGAACAAAACAAAGAUUCCUCAGCUUCUAACAGUGAAACUGAUGAAAGUGACCAAGAAUCUGAAGAAGAAGUACCUGUAGCUCCUCAGAAAAAAAUGAAGGCAAGAGCAUCUGUAAGCGCUGAAGCUUUUGGGCUUUGAAACAAAAAAUCUGCUUUUAAGCCAAGAUUUAUACCUAAAAGUGAUGAACAAAAGGCAAGAAUUUCAGAAAGACUUAGUAAAGCGUUUAUGUUCGCCGCACUAGAUGAUAAUGAAAGAGAAAUUGUAGUCAAUUCUAUGGAAGAAAGAAGGUUCCAAGGAGGCGAUCAAGUAAUUACACAAGGUGAUGAUGGAAACGAGCUAUUUGUAGUCGAUAGUGGAAAACUUGAGUGCAGCAAAGUUUUUGUUAAAGGAGAGCCAUCUAAGUUUUUGAAGUUUUAUGAGCCUGGAGACUCAUUUGGAGAGCUUGCACUGCUAUAUAAUGUUCCAAGAGCUGCAUCAAUAAAAACAGUCACUGAUUGCAUAUGUUUUGUUUUGGACAGAGAUUGCUUUAAUCAUAUCGUAAAAGAUUCAGCUGCAAGAAAAAGAGAAAGAUAUGAAAACUUUUUGGCAAGCGUAGAACUAUUAGAAAAUAUGGACCCAUAUGAGAGGUCACAGAUUUCUGAUGCCUUGAAGACUGCAGUUUUUAAAGAAGGCGAUAAAGUAAUUACUGAAGGAGAAUGGGGUGAUGAAUUCUAUAUGAUUGAAGAAGGAACUGCUAUAGCAACAAAAACAUUUAAUCCUGGAGAGUCGCCAAAAGAAGUGAAAACUUAUAAGCCUGGGGAUUAUUUUGGAGAGCUUUGCUUACUUAGAGGGCAGCCUCGUGCUGCUAAUAUUAUUGCAACGAGUAAGCUGUCAUGUGUGACUUUAGGUAGAAAAGCAUUUAAGAGGAUGCUAGGGCCUCUAGAUGAUAUUUUAAGAAGAAAUGCUAGAAAAUAUGAAGGAAUAUUAGGGAUUUAA